CACCUCAAAGAAGAAAAAACAGAAAAAAAUAUUUUAAUCCACUCUCAAAUUAUAAUCAAACCACCAAGUAAAAAUACAAAUGAAAAAGACAAUUCUUCACAAAAUAUUGAAAAAGAGCAAAUAAAUAUGGAUGAUGCAGAUAAAAAAAAAAAUUGUGAUGAUUUGAUGGAUAGCUGUGUCGAGAACGCAACAGUUGACAGUAUAUUAUCCAACAAUGAUUCGCCACAAAUUGAAUGCGAAGAUAAAAAUGAAAUUUAUUCUGAAAAUACGAAUGAAGAACAAACACUAGAAGACAGAAAAACUAAUUUUUUAUGCGACAAUAUAAAAAACACAAGUUUAGGGUUAUUACAGUCACAGUAUUCUGAUACGGAUACAGACUCUGAUUCUGAUUCUACUGCGUCAGAAAAUGUUCAAGAUAAUGGCUCUAACGCGCAUUCCAGCGAUUCAGAACCUGUUGUUGUCAAUGAUCAAGAAUAUCGUGAUCAGAUAUAUGAAAUUGAUUCUGACAGCAGCUCUUCAGAUUCACCCGUUGAACUCGAAUAUGAAAAUGUUAGAAGAAUGAUAACAGAUUUUGAGGGAAAUGACGAAGAGGAGUUGGAAGAUGACACAGAAAAUAUGAAAAAAAGAAACGAUCCCUUGCGUGUCAAAGGCGAAUUGCUUCUUCACGAGUUGCCACCAAUCCAAGAUCUUCAAAUUACUGUGCCAGAAGAAGAAUGUAUUGAGUUAGGUAAAGUUGAUUCUAUUGUAGAUCAAUUAGUUUUGGUAAAUUCUAUACCAGGAACAGUCCUAUUGAAUUUGGAUACAGUUCUCUUCCUUGAAAAGGGUCAAAAAGUGCUAGGAGAGAUAUUUGAUGUUCUUGGAAAAGUUAGUAACCCAAUAUACUGCGUGCGUUUUAAUUCAAAGAAACAAAUUGAAGAGAAGGGAAUCGAAAUUGGACAAAUUGUUUAUGUUGCGCCAAGAACAGAACACACGCAGUUUGUAAUUUUAUCGGAGAUUAUGAAAUCACGAGGAUCAGAUGCUAGUUGGAAAAAUGAUAUUGAACCAUCGUCCAGGCAUAUUGAUUUUUCAGACGAUGAAGAAGAAAGAAAUUAUCGUCGUUCCAUGAACAACAAAAAUCAUAAUGAUACGCCCGAUAAUAGAAAUGAAAGAAAACGACAACGCACGUUUUCGCAGUCAUCACAAAUGACUGAUACUUCCUCAACAACUUCACAAUCCAGCUAUUGUACUCAAAAUCCUAGGGGUCGUAAUAGGGGACGAUUUUCUCGGUCACGUCCAUCGUACCAACGGCAAUUUGAACCAAGAAAUUGGCCUGUAUAUAAUAAUUUUCGUCUUCAAAACCCGCCAUCUUAUAAUUAUGACCAAUUUAAUAACAGUUGGCAUUCAAAUUUCAAUUUCAACGUUAGCGGUUAUCAGUCCUUUAACAACAGGAGCAGGAAUAAUUCUAUGAAUAAUUAUAAUCAAAAUCUAAAUGAUCAACAACCAUUAGUUAACCCUGACGUAUCAAAUUUUAAUUCUGUCAUUUAUCCAAAUCCUUACGCGAUUCGUCCACCCUAUAUUCUACCAAAUACAUUACCACCGAAUGUAUCCUCGCCUCCACCUCCCCCUCCCCCACCAGCAAAUCCAUAAAUGUGAACAUUUUUUAAAUAAAAUUAAUAUUGUUCGUAAGUUUUUCCGCAACUGAAUUAUAUUUUUUUAUUACAAAAAAAUUGGCUCAAAUUACAACGUUUUAUGUUACUUUAUAUUAAAAAAAAAACAGUAUCAAUA